AUGCACACGCCCGAGCCGCGGCUCCGCCACAGCGGCGGCGGGGUCGCGAGCCCCACACCUCAUGUCAGCUCGAACAACGCAACGCCGACGCCGCGGGCUGGUUUUCUGCGCCGAGGUGGCAGUGACAUGCUACACGAUGCCAUCGCUGCCGGGCCGUCCGUCCUGUUUGACGAGGAGACAGGCACGGCCGUGGCCGUCUGUGCCUCCCCGCAGCCCAGCCAGCUCACGCAGAAGCAACAACUGUACGCCGGUCAGACUCGGCUGCCGCGCCAGCGCCCACGUUUUCACACCGUGCAGGAUCUUGACGUUGCGCUGAACCAAGCCAUUGAGGGCAAGAUCACCAGCCGCAACGCAUGGGCCAGCAAGGAGGCCAGCGACCUCCUGGAGGGCAUCACUCACACCAUCGAGACGACGCUGGAUGCCGCGUCGACUGAUGACUACUCUGGCUUCGCUAAGGCGGCAACGGUUGUGGAGGGUUGCUCGAAGGUGUGGACGAGCCGCGUGGACAGCACCUAUCAACGGAGCAACCAGAUGGUCCAGCGCCUGCUGCGCAAAGAUGACGCGUCCGGCAAACCGCCGACAGGCGACGGAGACGACGGUGAAGAAGAAGAUGGCGAGGAGGGUGAUGUGCAGCAGCGCCCGAAGAGCCGUUCGCGUAGCGUGGCCGCUGCAUCUGCGUCUGCCGCUGCCACGCGCACCCUGGCAAUGGAGGCUACGGAGAUCAACCUGGAUAGCAAGAGCCGCACGGCGCUCACGCAGACCGGCGUCAAUGCGCAGUUCCGCGCGAUUACCUCGAAGUUCGAUCAAGGUAACGCGCAGGGACUUCUCAUGAACAAUGCACCGAUGGGCCGGGCCGGCAACAUCAUCUUAGACGUGGAUUACUCUGUCAUGCCCAUUUCAGCGGCCGUGAGUGGUGGAAGUCGCCAGGGCAGCCACCGCAUAUUGGGCACCAACGCCCCACCGCCAUCGAGGGGCAGUGGUGCAGAAGGCCAGGAGAAUCAGGGGGAGCCGGUGGCACCCUCGCGCGUGUCGCAGCACGCCGCUGUUGAGCUCGACACUGCCGUGUACGAGACUGUCACUGAUUUGCCCCCGUACCGGGGCAUGAUGGCAGCUGUGUCGCCUACUGACCAACUCAGGAGCGCCCGCGACUCCGAGUCCUUCCCGCAGACAUGUGACAGCACCGGCGGAGCCAGCUGUGCCGGCGAUGCGCGUGGCAGUCAAGCAAGCGCAAUCGAUCCGCUGCUGCUCCUUCCGCACGUCUCACCGCGGAAGCAAGAGGUGAGUGACCUCGCCCGCUUAUCGCUCAAGUCCAACACAUGCAAGGGCUACAACAGCAGCGGCACUGCCGCUGAGGGGACCAGCGAGGGUCGCAGCCGCAUAACACCUCACAGUGACUGGACGGUGCCCGCUACUGCUGGUGGCGAUGCAGUAAAAAGCCCCUACGACAGCCAGCAGGAGCAGGAAGUCGAGGGUGAGUUUGCCACCCGUGGCAACGGCGAUAACAACGGCGCUGAUGGUGAUGACACCGACUUCGGUGAUUGGGGUGGUGCAGGCGACGAUGACGAUGGCAGCGGGUACAACAAUAUGGCAGACAUCAGUGCCCGCACUGGCAGUGACGGUGCCGACCGCGGCGCCGAGGCGCGCCGUCUUGUGUCAGGUACUGCAGAGAUGGAGCUGAUCGACACUCUUUUCCACGGCCACACCCAGCUGGCUCUUGAGGCAGAGGACCCAACAUCGUGGUGCCCGCUGAGCGAGGUCUCUGCGAACCCGCUGGUUGGCGUGCAGGGGCUUUCGGAGCUCUCUCGGCUGCACCGCGAGCACCGCUUUGCACAGUCGCAGAAGGGCACCGGCAGCGAUGACGCGGCCCGAAAUUGGAAUAGUGGCGAGCGUGGAAGCAACUUGAGCAGCUCAGUCGGACUUCAGCUAGAGCCACCGUCAAAGCGCGGGCGCAGGGAGCGCACUGUGGUGUUUCGGUUGCCACAGUCGCCGUCGUGUGGGCAGGGGGCUGGCGCCAGCGGCGCCGCCUCCGCGACUUCCACGUUCGCGACGGAGGCGAAGGUACUCCUUGACGACAGUGCGCUGCGCCAGGCGACUACCGCCGCUCGCAAUAUCACCCCGCUUGGCAAGCAGCUCCUCUUGGCGAAGAAUGCUGCGCAGGAGGUGCUGGCCUACACGCAGAGCGCUGUGCAGCGCACCAAGGCGGAGCAGGCGGGGCUGGUGUUACCUGAAGCGCCGAUCCCAGGGAAGACGAUCCCGUCGUACAUGCCGUCCCCAGUGCACACGCAAGACUACUUCCAGCCAUUCUGCACAUCUCUGGCUCACUGGAACCUGUUGCGCAAGUCCGCGACAGGUCACCUCCUCGACAGCGCCGCCCGUGCUCGCAACAACGAAGGGCCGUCGUCGUCGUCCGUGAUGGCGGGGAGCAGCCACAGUGGCAUUACUGGUGACUGCAGCAGCCACAGUGGCCCGGCACGACGCACUGGCGGCUACUUCAGCACCGAAGCUCUGGACGAGGACACCUGCGGUGGUGUUGGCGUUCGGUACGGCGACGACAACAUGCCAGUCGAGUUCUUCCCUGGUGGAGCGGAGGUGGAGGCGCAGGAUGGCGGUGAGGCCGGCGGGGACUACGCCGACUACGCCGAGCUCUACGGUCCCGACGACGACCACAGCGACGAGGAGGAGCGCCGUUACGUGCAGGGUGGCAUCCGCAGCUCUGCGGAUGCGAGCCUUAUCGGAGAGAUAGAGCUAGCCGCAGUAGCCGCGGCCGCGACAACAUCUGCGACGGCCUCUGGCGGCUCCUCGAUGCGCGGCAGCGGCACCGGCAGUGAUGCCCUUCUUGCCGACCCUCUCGAGCUCCUGAAGGUGCUGAGCCCACCCGAGGCGACCAUACCGAACCAGGUGGACGUGGUGAAGCUCCAGCAGCUCAUGUGGGAGGCGCUGCAGGGGCAUCUGACGGCGAACCAGGUGGAGAAGGCCGUUGACCUCGAGACGCUGCGCACCGGCGCCGCCGCUGGGACAUCGCAGACAGCGGAGGAAGACGGGGGUGGCGACACCUCCUCGCGGACAAACCGCAAGGGAGCGGUGGUAAAGGCGCAUGCGCAGGCAGCUCUCAGCAUGAUUCGAAAGCGUGCACGCACGGCGGACGGCGGCGAAGGCGCGCAGUCAGCGGCCUGCAGCAAGGACACCGUAGCGGAUCCUUUCUUUCAUACAGAGUCGAUGGCGACUGGCGUCGCCGCCGCCGCCGCUGCUGCUGCUGUGACGCCGGCGGGGGUGGCACCCGCGCGGUUUAGCGACAUUGUCCGCUCUGUCCUCCCCCAUAUCUCAGCCGUGUCGUCUACCAACACUCUUUCACCCGCCUUUUUCUUCUUCUCCAUCCUCUUUCUGGCGAACGAGCACAACGUGGUGCUGCAGAGCGUUGAGAGCUUGGAUGACUUGGUGGCCUGCGGCAUCGUCGGCCGCGUCGGUGAGUGA